AAUCAUACAUGUCUUCAGCCGAUAUUUAGGGAUUUCGCAGUUUCGCUAAGCAUAUGUUGCACCUUAUAGUCGUUUCCGCACUUUUGGGUACAGUGACAUUCGUAAACGGUGAAAUGAUGGCUGGAGGAAAACAAAAUCAGGAUCCGAGAAAUCCCGUGUUUAUGAACAUCGCAUGGAAAGCUGCAAAAACGCUUAAUGAAGACUCCGCUGCAAACUUUGGACUCUAUGCCAUGAUGCCGAUUAAGGUUUUGAAAGCCCAAAGCCAAGUCGUUGCAGGCUUAAUUUACGAUUUGGAAGUACUUUAUGGAGAAUCCGAUUGUAAGAAAAACGAAGUUGACCUCGCCAGAAUGCAAAUGGCCGGCUGCAGAGCGAUGAGUACAGGAAAUAAAGCUCUGUACAAAAUUCGCUACUACGCCAGGCCAUGGCAGAAUUAUGAGCAGAUCAGCGUGUCGAAAGUGCAGAAUAACGCAAUGAUGGCAGGCGGAAGACAAUAUCAGGACCCGAACAAGCCCGAGUAUAUGGAAAUCGCUUGGAAAGCUGCGAAAACCCUCAAUGAGGACCCUAUUGCCAAUCCUGGCACGUAUGCCAUGAUGCCAAUCAGGGUUCUGAAAGCACAGAGCCAAGUCGUCUCCGGAGUUCUCUAUUACUUGGAUGUCCUCUAUGGCGAAUCCGGUUGCAAGAAACAAGAAGUUGACCUUAGCAAAUUGAGUAUGGCCAAUUGCAAAGUGAUGAACAGAAGCAACAAAGCGAUUUAUAAGAUCGAGUAUUAUGUCAUACCCUGGAGAAAUUAUGAAGCGAUCAGGGUGACGAAGAUGCAAUAAUUUUCAAUUUCCCAUUUUGGAACAUACGCUCUUUGCUACAAAGUAUAUCUAUGUGAAUAAAAUUUUACUAACGCAGGG